GCGUCUCAGAACUUGCUUUGGUCCUGGGUUCCAGAAGUAAUUUAGCAAAUAUUGAAUGAGCACAGGACAUCCUUUCUGUAGUCUCUGAACUUGACUCUUGUAGCAUGAUGAGGUAGCGAGGUGUCAUAUGAUGCCCUAAGCCAGCGGUUCCCUAUCUGUGGUAUGGGUACCACCAGUAGUACACAGACAAGCUGUCAGUGGUACAUGUCAACAGGUUUAUUAUAAUUACUUUAUAUGACACACAAUUUCUGGUGGUACUUAAGGUUUAACUGAGAAAUUUGCUGGUUGUACUUAUGGUUUUAUUGUUUUAAAUUGGUGGUGUGCAAUCUGUCAGUUUGGGAACCACUGCCCUAAGCCAGUGGGGGCCAAUGCAUCUGGUCUCAGGGGCCAGGUGAGAGGCAUGGGGCCAGUCUGCAGACCUGCAUCUGGCGCAUGAGGCAGGUCUUCCCGCUUGGAAAUUUGACAGUGGGGCAAACAGCUCCCACAGCUACAGCAAUUGAUGCCGUCACUGCUCCUUUGCUGCCAAAUUUCCAGGGCUGUGUUGAGUCCUGUGGGCCAGGUGAUGUGGCCUUAUGUGCCAGAUCUUGGCUCUGGGCUUUCCAAUUCAGCUAAAAGAUGCAUUCUUGGAGAGUGCUGAGGCCAUUGUAUAGGCAGACGUAGGAUCAUACAGCAACCGUUCACUUCUCACAGUAAUGAGGGUUUGCAGGUUUUCCCAUUUAGCCUGAAAUCCAAAUGUUAAGUGUCUCACGGAUCCCCCACUCCUAUCAUUUGCCUGAAGUCCCCUUAAUGCUUGUAAGCUAACAAUUUGUGUCAAAGUACUAUGUGUCUGUUUUCUCUCUAUAAUACAACAUGUGAUCAAGUACCAGGAUGUAGUUCUCAGACUGUUUUGAGAGCUACUGCUCUAUAAUCCUUAAUUAUUUUAUGGUUCUAACUCAUAUCUGAUCAGUGAUUAUAUUUUGGAAUAGACCUGAAACAAUGUUGCCUUUUCUUCCCCCUGAGAUCAGAUUUAUCCCUCCUUCCCCCCUACCUCCUUAGGGUGUAAUGUUUAGGUUGCAAAGUUUAACGUUUGCAACAUUUAUAUUAAGAAAUACCGAAGUUGAGAGUUUCAGCUUGAAUUGGGCUCCUGGUACAUUUAUUUUAUAGUGUGGUGUUGAAUUGUGCAAUUAUUUUUGUCAUACAAGAUCAUUACCUCACUGAGCGCACAGAAAGGAUGUUACUCAUUGAAUGAAUGGCUAGUAUUUCCUUUUACCUUCAUCACAUGGCCCCAUGUCUUCCCACAGACUGCCCAAUCCUUGCUCUGAAUGUCAAAAAAAUGAUUUCCUGGCGUAUAAAUCUUAUCUUCACAGCACCUACAGACACGAACUGAUAUUAUCUCCAUGUUACAAAUGAGGAGUUGAAGCAAAAGAAAACUAAAAUCAAACUAACUGUCAUCAUUUCCAGCCUCUAAUUUAAGAGGCCUGAUUUUAGUGUUCAGAUUACUGAGCAUUCUCAGAGCCUUGCUUAUUCAAACACAGGUUCUUUGGCUUCAGUUAGUUACUCAGCACUUCUGUAAAUCAGAUUUGAGGGUCUCCGGUUUUGCAUUCCUAAGAAGUAGUGACCUGUGUAAAAAGUGUGAAUCAGAUGACUGGCUGGUAUUGUGUAGGAUUUAAAUGAUGGAGGCAAGAUUAGAAUUUUUGGGAUGGCAUUCAGAUGUGUUAAUCAUAAGCUGUGUGAGUCUUUUUGCAUAGUCCCCUCUCUCAUUCACCAUACAACCAUCAGCUUCUGCAGAAAAUAAGACUGGAGUUCUGUAGACAACAGCUUCAUUUACUGUAUAGUCUUGAAUCACUUGCUGAGCACCGACUGAAAAAGUGGCAUACGAUCGUGAAAUUAUUCAAAAUCCUAUCCCGGGCCUCUCUACUUCUGUCAUUUCCUGCUUGUGCCAGUUCCCUUGUUUCCUCUCUACUCUUCACUCCACUGUGCUGAAGUGCUAAGAUUUGAAAGACUUCUUCCGUCACACUGCCUGGACUCUACCAUGGGAUGCUUUGAGAAUGUAGGGAGUAAAAGUUCCUCGUAAUUUUCGUCUGUUGGAAGAACUUGAAGAAGGUCAGAAAGGAGUAGGAGAUGGGACAGUUAGCUGGGGUCUUGAAGAUGAUGAAGAUAUGACACUUACAAGAUGGACAGGAAUGAUUAUUGGGCCUCCAAGAAAAAGUCAUGAAAAAAGCCUGCAACGCACCCAUGUUAUCACAACAAUUUAUGAAAACAGAAUAUACAGCCUUAAAAUAGAAUGUGGGCCUAAAUAUCCAGAAGCACCUCCAUUUGUAAGAUUUGUAACAAAAAUUAAUAUGAAUGGAGUAAAUAGUUCUAAUGGAGUGGUGGAUCCCAGAGCCAUAUCAGUCCUAGCAAAAUGGCAGAAUUCUUAUAGUAUCAAAGUUGUUCUGCAAGAACUUCGGCGUCUAAUGAUGUCUAAAGAAAAUAUGAAACUUCCUCAGCCACCUGAAGGACAAUGUUACAGCAAUUAAUUAAAAAAAAAAAUCAUGCCCCCCUAUUCAAUUUAAGCUGUCUUCAUUUUCCACAGUAGUAAAUUUUCUAGAUGCAUCUUGUAGACCUCAAAAUACUGGAAAGGAAGUUCCCAUUCAAAGGAAGUUUAUCUUGAAUACUGUAAAUGAUACUAAUUUUCCAUUUGAAAUAUAAGUUGUGCUAUAACAAAUAAUCCUGUCAUGUGUAACCACUGUCCACAUAGUUGAACUUCUGGUAUCAAGAAAAGUCUAUUUAAAUUUAUUACUGUCAAGACCAGUGUGGCACAUCUAACUCAACUGUGAAAGCAUACAUCACACAAUCACCUUGCUGUGUGUUUGGCCUGGGUUAUUCCCCUUCCCCCGCCUUUUUCUGUCUUUUGCAAUAGAGUCGAAGCUCAGGGCUAUUUAUUAGAGGAGACACAAAGGUUUUAGCUUCCAGUACAACACUGGGCUUUAUGGACUACUAAUGGGGAUGUGUGCUAACCUCAAUCAUCCCUCCCUUUGUGCUAUCUCUAGUAAAGGCUGAAUGUGACUGUGGUUGUUCUUUUUGGGUUUUCUUUCUUUUCUUUUUUUUUUUUCCUUUUAUUGCCCUGAUAAUCUGGGGUAGGCUUUUCUUCUUCCCUUUGGCCAAGGCAUAGAUUGUAUUUCUCCUCCCGGUCCCCCUUCCCAGUUAUGUGGGCCUUGGGUGAGGGAUUCAGGGUUCUUUGAUCUCUCUCCUCUCCCCCAUUGUCCUCGUGGGGGUGCUGCUUUAUUUUUUGUCCCCUUCUAUGACUCUUCUUCGUGCCAGUGGCCAGCAAUGGGGUAAGUGUUGGGGCAGUCAUCUGAUGUGUCCCCUCGUGCUUGUCAUUUUGUUUUUGCAAUGAAUUUAGUCUUCACCAGCCUGGAAAACAAGAGUAUCUAUUCUGCUCGCAAACUUGGAUCUCCCCUGCCCCCUUGGCACUGCUGCCACACCGCCAAGCUGGCCACGGCUGAUAUUAGAUAGGCUUUUGACAUGGUGAAAAGAGCAGUAAUUUACCAGGAUUGCUUGGAUCUGCUAGCUGCCAAACCUUAAUAGGGAAACUCCGCAUAUAGAAAUUCUAAACACACACUCCAGUUAAACCAACUUGAAUUUUGGUGCUUUACAAUUGACCUGAGAAUGUUAACUAAUAAACAAUGCACUUACCUUUUGGCCCUUCUAAAGACCUGACAACUAGAGACAAAUCAGCAUACUGUAGACUUUGUUCUGACACUUCAAGUCUCAGGAGGAAAAACUCUGCCAUGAAGAAUUGGAGGGGAAUGGUGUGCACAGCAGAUUAAGGACCUCCUUUAUUGGCAUUGCGUCCUGGCAAAUCACUGUCUUUUCUGAUUACUAUUUUGGACCACUAACUGCUGAAAUGUGGAUGCAAGCUUAAAUACAAACAACCUAGUGUGUCCUAAGUUUUAUGAAAAAAUCAGUGUUUGUGUAAAAAAUAAAAAAAUAAAAUAAAAAUAAACACAUUUUAAAGCAGCAGCUAUCAAGUCAAUGAACAAUUGAUGUUUCCAUUAACUCUUUUGAGGAAAAUAUUAGUUGUAAGGAUUUAACAUCCUCUGUAAUUAAAGUUUAACAUAACAGUAUUCCAUAAGCAGCCUUUUUAUUGUAUCAGACCAUUGCCUGAUUUUAAUAUAAUAAAAAGUGUGCAUUAAUAUUA